AUGGUGUCGAAAAGGAUUAAAUACGCGCGGGCGCAUCUAACGCGCAGACGGCACAUAGUAAUCUUGGCAACGCCGCUAUGGAGGCGAACACCACAUGCCAUCGAUUUCAACAGUCUGCCCCGGCCAUUCCAAGUACCACGUGCCGCUCUGCGCGCCCGAGCCACCAAACGCAUCAAGAUGAUGGCCCAGCCGAAAUAUUCCCGACCCAAGUACGACCAGAAUCUUUCCAGGAUGUCGCUACGAGCUCGCAGAGGGGACAGUAUAACUAUGAGCCCGGAGAGCACCAAACGCCUCUUUGAUCUGUCCUUACCAAAAAAAAGCGCCUUGAUGCACGCCCGUUUGUAUCUCGUAUCGCUGGGCAAUAAAGCUGGACUGGCCAACGUCAGCGCUCAGCUGAGAGGCAUACGCAAGUCGAGGUAUCAAAAGUAUCGCAUGAUCUGCAACUCAUUGCAUCAACGAGCGGUCGAAAGGGAAAGGAAGAUCAUGAGAAAGAUGCGAAGAUACCUUGCCAGUACCGGCGACUGGGAGAGACACAAGAAAGCUCUGGAGAGGCUGGCGCAGCCUAAAAAGCUACCCAGGCGACCUCGAUCCAAACCCCUGGCGUCGAAAAAAAAGCCGAAGCCCAAUAUGGUUCGAUUGCAAUUUCUGGCUAAGCCAGCACGCAAACAAAAGCCCGACGGCAGAGAUCCAUUUGCAGUGCAACCGUCGGCCCUUGUCUACAAGAUAACGGAACGUAUGCUGAAGCUCGCAGAUCGGGAAAAUGUUCGACCAGAGCCGGAGUAUCUAGUGCCGGGCGCCGUGAAUCCGAACGCUCUCAAGGCCGAACCAACGACUCGCACGCUGCAACUAGCCAAACCUGCGGAGCGGCCACCGGGUCGUGAGACCGACCUCAAAGAGGAUGCCUUCAGCGUACCGAAGAGCGCUCUCAAAGCCAGAUGCACGCCGCGCCUCAAGAAACUCGCCAAACCGAAAACUCGAUAUCGCCCGGCUAAAGGCAAAUAA